GAAGUGCCCCUGUCAGAGCAUUACUGUGACAUCCGGUCGAGGAGUCGAUGACUGAGCUCGGGUGAGAAAGGCAGCAAAUACAGAGUUCUAUCAAUGCAUGGACACGACUGAAUGAAACCGAAAGUGACUCAGCCCGAGACAAGGUGGCGAUCGGUCCCAGCCUGUGCAGUAGUUUACUCCUCCAGGUCUGGCAAUGAACAAGCAGCAGAGCAAGGAAAGCUUGAGGGACAAAGUCAAGGGCAUUUUCGGGCUUGGACCCCCUCGGCCACCAACGAAGCAGAGCGACACGAGACUGUCUGAGUUUAUAAUCACGACUGAGAUCAUCAAGGAGCUCCAGCCGGACUGCGGAUUGGGGAACCGUGUUCGCACAAUGAAUCAUGUAUGCGAUCUCGCCAAAACCAAAAAAUUUGAGGAGCAUGCAGUGGAGACGGUAUGGAAAGCUGUUGAGGAUAUGCUGACCCUGGAACAACCACCUGAAGCCAGACAUGCUGUCCUCCAGCUGCUGAGGGCGAUAAUACAAGGACAGGGUGAGCGGCUCGGCCCUCUGAGAGCCUACUUUUUUAAGGUGAUUCGAGACUACCAGCCGUGCAACGAGGACCUUUCUGAUAGGCUGGAAGUCUUCAAAGCCCUAACCGAGAACGGAAAAGACAUAACGUACCUGGAGGAGGACAUAGCACGCUUUGUCCUCCUGUGGAUGGACAUCGGACUCACCUCCGAUUUCCUUCACGUUCUUGUAAAUCUGGUGAAGUUUAACAGCUGCUAUCUGGACCAAAACGUGUCCGUCAUGGUCCAGAAAAUAUGUCUGCUGUGUAACAGAACGACUUCUUCAACAGAUAUCGAGGUGGCGCUCCAAGUUCUGGAUGCAGUGGUGUGUUACAACUGCCUGCCGUCAGACUCUCUCACAGUCUUCAUCAUCACGCUGUGUCGGACGGUCAACGUAAAGGAGUUCUGUGAAUCCUGCUGGAAGUUGAUGAGAAAGGUGUUGGGGACUCACCUCGGCCACAGUGCCAUUUACACCAUGUGCCGUAUAAUGGAGGAGAGGGUGUACAUGGAGGACGCUCCGCUGUUGAGAGGAGCUGUAUUCUUUGUUGGGAUGGCACUCUGGGGUGCACACAGACUGCCCGCCCUCAAAAACACACCGACACUUGUUCUGCCAUCGUUCUACAAGGCCAUGUCGUGUGCCAAUGAGGUGGUGUCCUAUGAAAUCGUCCUCUCCAUCACAAGACUGAUAAAGAAGUACGGUAAAGAGCUGCAGGUGGUCACCUGGGACAUCCUGCUGGGAAUCAUAGAGCGACUGCUGCAGCAGAUCCAGAUGAUAGGAAGUGCAGAGUUGAAGUCCAUUGUCUACGAGCUGCUGACCACCGUAGAGGAGCUGUACGAACAGAAUGGUUACCAUGGCUCUACAGAGAAGUUCUUCAGUCUGGUGGAGAAGUGUGCCGACAAGAGACCUGAUGCGUCAGUGCUGACCCUCAUCUCGUACAGGGCUCAGUCUAUUCAGCCAGCCAAGGAUGGCUGGAUUCAGAGCCUUCACCGCCUCAUGGAGAAGUUCUUCAGAAACGAGAGUCGCAGCGUGAUAAGGAUUAAAGUGCUUCACAUCCUGUCCUUCGUUCUCAGUACCAACCGGCAGCUGUAUGAGGAUGAGUUGAUAGAAAUGGUAGUGAUCCCCCAGCUCAGUGGGAUAGCUGAAGACCGGGAUCUGCCGGUCAGAAAACAGGCUACCCAGCUGCUGGUGGACCUCGCUGAGGGCUGCAACACGCACCACUUCACCAGCCUGUUAGACAUCAUUGAGCGGGUGGCCAGUCGCUCUCUGGUGUGUCCAGGACCCCUGGAGGUUACAGAAAGAGACCCCACCGCCGAGUCUCCCAUGGAGGACGUCAGGACUGCUAUACUGGGCCUGCUGGAAAUCCUGCAGAGCAAGCUUUACAGCCUACCAGCCAGUCACGCUAGUCGUGUGUAUGAGUUGCUGAUCAGUCAUCUGCAGCUUCACUACAAGAACAAGUACUGUUCAGCUAUUGCUUCCAGUAUUAGACUGCAGGUGUUUGACUUCUUCCUGAUGAUGCGAGCAGACUCUCUUCAUCGUCUCGGAGUGCCCAACAAAGACAGGGCCAUGAGGUUCAGCCCUUAUUGCUACUGCGACACAGGGGAGCCUGAGAAGCGUGUGAGUGAAAAGAAACCUGCAGGUUCAACAUCUCCUCCUGCUGGCAGCCCUGCUCCCCCCACUGCUCCUUCUGCUUCAACAGCCACUAUACGCUCAGCCUACCUGCCCUAUGCACCUGCCUUCAGUGUUCUCCUGCAGUGCCUUAAGAUGGAAACAGACUGGAAGGUGCUGAAGCUGGUACUCGAAAAGCUGCCGUGGACGCUGCAGUACAAAGUUCUGCUGCUCACGUCCCCUUGUAGCUUGGAUCAGCUCUGCUCUGCACUCUGCUGCAUGGUGACAGAUCGAUUGAUCUCAGAGCGCCUGAAAAAGACCCCCGAGCAGUUCUCUCGCACUGAUGUUCAGCUGGCCGUGGUUCCUGUCCUCACAGCGAUCACUUCCUAUCAUAACUACCUGGAGCAGUCCAGACAGAGAGAGCUGGUUCAGUGCCUCGAGACCGGACUCAUUUACCGCUGUGCCAAGCAGUGUGUUGUGGCUCUCACAAUGUGCACCGUGGAGAUGCCCGACAUCAUGAUCAAGCUCCUCCCCGCUCUCAUCGUUAAGCUAACCCACAUCUCUGCAACCGUUGCCAUGGCAUCUCCUAUGCUCGAGUUCCUGUCCACUCUGGUGCGCCUACCCCAUCUCUAUGCCAACUUUGUAGCUGAGCAGUAUGUUAGUGUGUUUGCCAUCUCUCUUCCCUACACUAACCCUUCAAAGUUUAACCAGUACAUCGUGUCCCUGGCGCACCACGUGAUCGCAAUGUGGUUCAUACGCUGCAGACUCCCCUUUCGCAAAGACUUUGUUCAGUACAUCACAAAGGGAUUGCGUUCCAACGCCCUGCUGCCAUUCGACGACGGCCACGAGCAAAGUUCCUUUCGUGCCCGAAGCACCAGCCUGAACGAGAGGCCCAAGAGUCUGCGGGCAGCUAAAGUGGCGAGGGCGGCAGCGGCUGUAGCCAAUAGCAGCAGCUCUCCUGUUAAAGAGCUGAGGGACCUGUCAGCCAUGGACGCUUUCCGCUCCCGCAGCAUCAGUGUCUCGGAACAUGCGGUUCGCAGGAUGCACACCUCAACCACCACCUGCAGCCUGGGCUCUGCUGAUGAAAACGCGGUGACUCAGGCAGACGAGGGGUUAAAGACGGUCCACCUCGAGCUCACGGAGACCUGUCUGGACAUGAUGGCUCGAUACGUCUUCUCCAACUUCUCCGCUCUGCCCAAGAGGUCUCCGAUCGCAGAGUUCCUUUUGGCAGGGGGUCGCAGUAUGACUUGGCUGGUUGGUAACAAGCUGGUGACAAUAACAACCAGCGGUGGAGCCAGAACCCAAGCGCUGCUGGGCCUGGACAUGGCCGAACGGCUGGGAGGCGGAGGGGAAAUGACAAGGUCUGAUCCAUCACUGCACACCCGGAUUACCAAAGAGGCUCCAGCCAAACUGGAGUCUCAGUCAAGCCAGCAGCACAACAGAGCCACACGCAUACGAGUCCGCUCCAUGUCAGGUGGCCACGCUCUACGUGCCGGUCCUACUCAGAGCCUGAGUCCUCUGGUGUCCCCCUCUGAGGGGGAACUAGCUGCUCCCCUCUCCCCCCCCUCAAGUUCCAACCUGGACAGUCUUGGUCCUCCCUCCUCCGCCUCUGCCACCCCGUCUGCUCCUCAGCCUCUCAAGGACAACCCAAGUCUGGCCGAGUUUGUCCCCAUGCUCACACAGGGCUGGGCAGAGAUCUUCAUUCGGAGACCAUCUGGUAACACUAGCUGGCUGAUGUGUCUGGAGAACCCACCUAGUCCCUUCUCCUCUGAGCUGGGCAACAUGCCGCUGCAGGAGCUCUCCAGUGUCCUCAUGGCCAUGGAGGGUGUGAAGGAUCCUCCAAUCCAGACAGCCAGCGCACCCGCCAGCACCGCUGCUCCUGCACCAGCCACUGUUUCUGAACCCCUGACCCAAACACACAGCAACGUCGGAGGGAAGGCACACCUGAUCCAGCGCUCAAAUACUGACUCUGUUGUGGUGCUGGAGGAGGGCUCAGGCGUCACCACAGCACCUACCCCAUCUGAUUGGCUAGAGAGCGAAGAGUUUGAACCAAUGACGUCUGAUCCGAUCUUCAUGUCUGCAGACAAGUUCACAAAGAUCCCGCCACCUGGAUCGCUCAGCAGGUCCUCCUCCACUUCCAGUCAAGACGAUGAGAAGUCGACACUGGAGGAAGUGAGCGAAGGAGCGAUUCCCAUCGAUCAGCCCACUGCUGGACCCUCCACCCCAGGCAGCCAGGGUCCCGAGCUUCCCUUCCAAGCCCACCCUCAGUCCCAGGGUCAUGGACUCAACAAGUCCAGCUCCUCUCCUGAGCUCCAAACCUUACCUGAAGCCUUCUCCAAGGCCGCUAUGGAGUCCGAGAUCACGAUGGGAGAUGCAUCAUGGCCCAAAGCACCUUUAGACAGCAAGCCCCAGCCUCAGCCCCAGCAGCCUCAUGCAGAGAAAGAGAAGGUGGAGGGAAGCACAGGGGAUGUGACUAGCCUUGGAGGUCAGAGUCAAGUGGGUGAAGGCCCAGGAGUCAUUUCAUCUCAAAGUGGAGGAGGAGGAGGAGGAGGAGGAGGAGAGGAGGAGGAGGAGCAG